UAUUUGUCAAAAUAGAGACACGAGUAAAGGAAAUCAAAGAAAAGAAAGAGCAAUUGAAAGCAAAGCAAAACCCUGGCUGAAACAUGUUCCUCCACCACCGCCAUGUCUCAAAGCUCUCAAAUAUCCCAUGGAAGUACAAGAAAUUCGCCAUAAGCCAAGGCCAGAAGGCCCUCACCGAUUACCUCCACGCCACGCGCUGCAUCCCUUACGCCUACGCUGACCAAAUCGCCAAGAACUCCCUCACUGCUCUCACCAACCUCAUCACCAAGUUGGGCUCUUUCUCUGCCCCCCACUUCCCCCACAACCUCAACAAGUUCCUACGCUACAACCCCAUCAACGAAUUCGAGUUUUUCUUCGAGAGCAUCGGCAUUCAGCCCUCCAAGUUCCCAUCUUUGUUGCCCCAUGACAAGUUCUUCUUCUCCGAGGAUGGGACCCUCUUGGAUGCUGCUCGUGUUCUCAACGAGUUUGGCUUCCCCUGGGACAAGCUUGGGGUGUUGUAUGUGGAGAGUGGUUGUGUGUUCGGGUGGAGUGCCUCUGAGCUGAAGGGUAUGCUGUGUGGGUUCAAAAGGUACGGUUUUUGCAAUGUGCAGGUUGUGGGGAUAUGCUUGGCUUUCCCCUUUGUGUUUGAUGGCCAAAAGGGUGCUGAGGUUGAUGCUUUGUUUGGUGAUCUGAGGGUGCUGUUUGGGGAGCUUGGUUUGGCUGAAUGGGUUGAGGGGAAGGGGAAUAGUGUGGAGGAUUGGCAUGGGGUGUGUAGGAAGAUAAGGGUGUUUUAUGAUUUGAAUGGUGGGAAGAAGAACAUAGUGGAGCUCAUUGGAGGAGGGAAGAACAAUGGUACUGGUGUUGGUGUUGGUGUCAUUGUGGAGCAUGGGGAAGGGGAGUUGGUUAGAGCGGUUGAGUAUUUUUGUAGGUUUGGUGCAAAGCAGGAGGAUGUGGCACGGUUGAUUCUCGAGGGGGAGGAGUUGUUGGGGCUGGAUUUGGAGACACGGGUGGUCGAUGUGUUGAAGCUGUUGAAACAAUUUGGAAUGAGCUCCAAUGGUGUUGAGGAUGUUAGGAAGGGUUAUGCUCAUGUGUUGGGGACUGUUAAGAUGGGUAAUUUGCCCAAUGUGAUGAGGGCUUUGGGUUUACAUGAGUGGUUCUUUGAUAAGAUCAAGGAUGGGAAUCAUGGUUUGUUAGUUGGUUAUGUUGCAAGCUGUCCCAAUGUGGGGCGGGAUAAAGGCUAUGUACUUAGUUUGAAGGCAAUUCAGAUGUCGAGAACACCGACUCACAAUAUGAGCAAGUUGGAUUUCUUGCACUCCAUUGGCUUUGGAGAAAAUGCUUUGACCAUGGAUGUGUUCACUAAGAUGCAUGGAACGCGGGGCGAGUUGCACAAGAGAUUUGAUUGCCUUCUACGUUUUGGGAUUGAAUUCAACAAGGUCUGUAAGAUGAUCAUGGUUCAUCCUAAGAUUCUGAGCCAAAACCCUGAAUCUUUAGAGCAAAAGAUUAAUUUCUUCUGUCAGGAAAUGGGACAGUCGGUGGAGGGUUUGGUCACUUUUCCGGCAUUCUUGUGCUUUGACUUAGAGAACCGCAUUAAGCCUAGGUACAGGUUCCAUAGGUGGGUUGUUGAGAAGAGCCUGUCUUCCAAAAACUAUUCCAUUGCAAGCAUAGUUGCAACAAGCAACAGGAAUUUUGUUGCUCGCGCUUUUAGAAUUCACCCAGCUGCUCCAAAACAUUGGUUUGAGCAAUUCUAUCCAAACAAUUUGCCAUUGUGAUGACCCUGAUUUUUUACACUUGUGUAUGAAAAUUGAAAAUCCAGCAAUUAUUCCAAAUGAGUUUGUACAGAUUUUUCAACUUGGUUACUUCCUAUCUUUUGGUUUGGAGUUCAAGACAAACCUUUCGGAUAUUGUUGGAGAACUUGUGAGAGAGGUUUAUUUGCUUUGCAAUGAUAGUGAGACAUCAAGAAUGACCUGCAAAUUUCUUAUCAUGCUUAACUUUAUAUCCUAUGACUAAUCUCAGUUCUGAGAGAAAGAAACCACAAAUUCUGUGGUUACAAUUACAUCAGAGGGAGGUUGACCAUUUAUUCACAGUUUUCACACAAUCAAGGUGCUCAUUGGUAACCCGUGAUCCAUUUCUCUAGCAUCUUCAGGUGCAAUUCCAUAUUGUAAGGUACAAAAUCUCUGAUUUCCCUAUGCAUUUAUUCUAUUUGGAUUUCCAUAAAUUUUUAUUAUAUUUAUGUUUACGGCGUGCUUAUGUUUCUGUGGAUGACAUUUGUUUUAGGAAAUUCACAUUUGUUGAGUUUGAAAUAAAAUUCGAGAAUUGAGGCUUAUCUUUAUCUCUCAAUGGAAUACUAAUUCUUAAUUUGCUGCUAAUUAUUAAAAAGCUUAAAUAUGUUUUUAAUCUUUGCAAAAUGAGCAUGUUUUGAUUUUGGUUUCUAUAAUUUUUUUUCAUCCCCCUAAAUUUUAUAAUUAUUGUUUUUAGUCUUCAUUAUUAUUAUAUAAUCUUUUUUAACUAUUUAUUUGUUUAUUUAAAAGGUGAAGUAAUCAUCUUAGGUACUACCUGUAACUGUUAGUGAUACCAUAUUAGUGUGUGACAUCUCUAAAAUGUUUCAUAGCUUCUUAAAAGAAAUAUAUUUAUAUACCUUAAAAUUAUUGUUUGGGACCAAAAAUAGUGAUUUUAGAUUCUAGAAGGAUGAAAAUCAAAGAAAAAUAUUUUUACAGGGACAAAACCAAAAUUUAUUCAUUUACAAGGACCAAAAAUAUUUUAUAAGAACCAAAAACAAUAUUUAAAAAUUUUAGAAGGAUGAAAAACAAUUUUUUAACAGGAAUCAAAAUCAAAACUUACUAAUUUUAUAGGAAUUAAAAACAUAUUUAAGUUUUAUUAAAAACAACUAGUAAUUGUGUUGAAUAUUUGUGAAACUACUGUAACUGGAAUUUUGGACAUAACUCUUGUAUGAUUUGUUGUUUUGGUACACGUGCUUAAGUUUGUUUUUCCAAAGUCCAAGUAUAAACCUUGAAAGGUAAUUACAUUGCAUAUAAAUUGUAAAAAGAGAUGUAUCACCCUAAUGAACAUGAAAAAAUUUCACAUAAUUAAAAAAUAAUUUAAGAAUAUGGAAAAGGUGAUUGAGGUUGUGGCAUGUUAGUUAGAGUGACUAUCCUGAUGAUACGAGUAUCCUUGUUAACUUAACUAAUAAUAGGGUAAGCAAACAUCAUUGUUCAAUGUUCACUUUUUGUCAUAACCUCAUAUGCUAGUUAGUUGUUGGUACGAGUGGUAUUGAAUUCAAUCUCUUUAAGUUAGGUCUCAGGUUUGAGUUGAAGUCUUGUGUAUAGAAAAACCAUGGUUAGGGGGAGGGAACCCACUAAAGAUGGCUAAUCAAGUUUUUUAUGAAGAUUAAUCAUCGACAAAGUUGGUAAAUAUUUCGUACUAAUUAUAUGAUUAUAAAAAAAAGAAAAACACUAAUGUAUGCUCAAAUUAUUUAUGAUUAGACUAAGACAGUGGAGGUCUAGGAUUAAGUAUGUAUCAUAUUCUUGGGACUUGGGAAAAUUUAGGCUUAGGAUUCACGGUCAUCAAGCAAUCAAUGGUUACAUAUAUUCUUCAUUAAAAUAUUAUCCUGUUAACUUUGUUCCUGUUCUUAAUGCACUAUGUUUUGCCUGGCACAUAAUGAACCUAAAUGAGGAAAGAUAGAGGAAUCAUCUUGUAUCAACAAGCCUACUCUGUACCAGUUGUGGUGAUAUCUCUGCAAUCAUCGAGUUCUGCAACCCCAUGAAUUAAACAGUAAACACCUAGUCAAAUGUUUUGAACAUUUAGGGUGCUUUUGAUGCACACCAAGGUUAAGGUACAAUACAAAGAAAACCAAGGUUAAGCCCCAAUACAAAGAGAACAAUGGUAAAACUUUUUAUGAUGUGUAUUGUUUGGUAGACAAUGGACAUUACAAGCAAAAUAUAUAAAAUUUACUGCAUUGCACUUCUUAAUAAUAUUAUCUUAAUACAAUUCACAUUAUUUAUUUUUUAAUAUGUGGUGGAGUUGUAGUGAUGACAGAGAUGAUGUUGAAGAUAGUGGUGAUGGUGUACCAGAGGUUGGUGUUCGAAGUGUCAACAACGAUGGAGGUGGUGUGACAGGAAUGGUGGUAACAACAUUAAUAAUGACAAUGGUGAUGACAAUGGUGAUGAUAGUGUAAAAAAGAUGGAGGUAGUGGUAUUGACAGGAAGAAAAAGAAAAUAUAAUUAUUAAUUAAGAAAUGUUGAAAUAAAUGAGUAUUCUGUAUUUGAGACAUGUGUAUAUAGUGAUUUAUACCAUUCCAGUAAGUGUCUUUUUGAAGGCAAAAUAGUUAAAUGUUAUGUAAUGGUUUCUGGACUUUGUGUGCAUAAAUUGCUUUAUACCAUUCCAGAACUAGAGCCUCUUUUGAAGGCCUAAUAUUUACACGUUACCUAAUGGUUUCUGUUUGUAAGGGCAAAUAAAGAAUAUUUGGAGGUGUCUCCAUUUAUGUGUCUCU